CCCGCCGCCAACCAAAUCAAAAGAAGAAGUGUGUGCUCAAUCAUUUCAGAACGACACCGUGAUGUUAAAAUGAUAACAUAUCAAGUGUGGAUUCACUUCGUUAAAAUUAAGUUUAUGUUUGUGUCAUAUUGAAUGGUCGUUUGUUUUCAGCCAAUCGUCUUACUUCCGAAUAACUGGUAGUUCAGAAUGAAGCCCUAUACACAGUGAUCAAACUACCAGCUGAUUGGCCGUAAAAGUUCUCCCACUAUUGUACUUGCAUGCAGACAGUGGGAUAACAAAGGAGAAUGACGUCCAUCAUCAAGUUAACGGCAGUGUCAGGGGUGCAGGAGGAGUCGGCCCUCUGUUACCUUCUGCAGGUGGACGAGUUCCGCUUCCUCUUGGACUGCGGUUGGGAUGAGAGUUUCUCCAUGGACAUUAUUGAUGCAAUGAAAAGAUAUGUACACCAGGUUGAUGCUGUGCUCCUCUCCCACCCAGACCCACUGCAUCUUGGAGCCCUCCCCUAUGCAGUGGGGAAGCUGGGGCUCAACUGUACCAUAUAUGCAACUAUUCCUGUCUACAAAAUGGGUCAAAUGUUCAUGUAUGACCUCUACCAGUCUCGCAAUAACAGUGAGGAUUUCAGUCUAUUUACCCUUGAUGAUGUGGAUUCAGCAUUUGACAAAAUUCAGCAGUUGAAGUACUCACAGAUUGUCAAUCUGAAAGGUAAAGGCCAUGGUCUAUCCAUCACCCCACUCCCUGCUGGUCAUAUGAUUGGAGGCACCAUUUGGAAGAUUGUAAAGGAUGGGGAGGAGGAGAUUGUUUACGCUGUAGACUUCAACCACAAGAGAGAAAUCCACCUCAAUGGAUGUACAUUGGAGACUGUAAGCCGUCCUUCUCUACUCAUCACAGACUCUUUCAAUGCCACAUAUGUGCAGCCACGUCGCAAGCAGAGAGACGAGCAGCUUCUCACCAAUGUGAUGGAGACCCUUCGUGGCGACGGAAAUGUGCUUAUCGCUGUGGAUACGGCAGGGCGCGUGUUGGAGCUGGCUCAACUGUUGGACCAGAUAUGGAGAACAAAGGAUGCAGGACUGGGUGUAUACUCUUUAGCCCUGCUCAAUAACGUCAGCUACAAUGUGGUGGAGUUCUCCAAGUCACAGGUAGAGUGGAUGAGUGACAAGCUCAUGAGGUGCUUUGAAGACAAAAGGAAUAACCCCUUCCAGUUCCGCCACCUGUCCCUGUGCCACAGUCUAGCAGACCUUGCUCGUGUCCCCAGCCCAAAGGUAGUGUUAUGCAGCCAGCCUGACCUGGAGUCUGGCUUCUCCCGAGAGCUCUUCAUCCAGUGGUGCCAGGAUGUCAAAAACUCUGUCAUUCUGACUUUCCGCACCACACCUGGAACUCUCGCUCGAUAUCUCAUCGACAACCCCGGGGAGAAGAUGCUGGACCUGGAGAUUAGGAAACGAGUGAAAUUGGAAGGCAAGGAGCUGGAAGAAUACUUAGAGAAGGAUAAAAUUAAGAAAGAAGCUGCCAAAAAACUGGAACAAGCUAAAGAGGUAGAUGUUGAUUCUAGUGAUGAGAGUGACAUGGAGGAUGACCUUGAACAGCCUGCCGUGUUGAAGACCAAACACCAUGACCUAAUGAUGAAGGGAGAGGGGGGGCGCAAGGGCAGCUUCUUCAAACAAGCAAAGAAGUCCUACCCUAUGUUUCCUACACACGAGGAAAGGAUCAAAUGGGAUGAGUAUGGAGAAAUUAUCAGGCCAGAGGAGUUUCUUGUGCCCGAGCUACAAGCCACAGAGGAGGAGAAAACCAAGCUGGAAUCGGGGAUGGCCAAUGGGGAUGAGCCUAUGGACCAGGACCUCUCAGUCGUACCAACUAAAUGCACCUCCACCACAGAGACUAUAGAGAUCAAAGCAAGAGUGACAUACAUUGACUACGAGGGACGGUCUGAUGGAGACUCAAUCAAGAAGAUCAUCAAUCAGAUGAAGCCACGGCAGCUGGUGAUUGUCCGUGGCCCUCCUGAAGCAAGUCUGGACCUGUCUGAGUCUUGCAAGGCCUUCAGCGGCAAGGAUAUCAAGGUCUACACACCUAAACUGCAGGAGACAGUGGACGCCACCAGCGAGACGCACAUCUACCAGGUGCGGUUGAAAGACUCGCUGGUGAGCUCUCUACAGUUCUGCCGGGCCAAGGAUACAGAGCUGGCGUGGAUUGAUGGCGUUCUAGACAUGCGAGUGGUCAAGGUAGACACAGGUGUGCUACCUGAGGAGGGCACCGUUGAGGAGGCAGAGGAUGGCGAGCUGGCUAUGGAUGUGGCCCCCGAUCCUGGCAUGGCUGACCAAAGUGCUGUGGUGGCUGCCCAACAACGGGCCAUCAAGACCCUGUUCGGGGAGGACGAGAGAGAAUCUUCAGAGGAGAGUGAUGUCAUCCCCACUCUGGAGCCCUUACCCCCCCAAGAGAUUCCAGGGCAUCAGUCGGUGUUCAUCAACGAGCCGCGCCUGUCAGACUUCAAGCAGGUCUUGCUGAGAGAAGGCAUUCAGGCUGAGUUUGUAGGUGGUGUUCUGGUGUGCAACAACAUGGUGGCCGUCCGCAGGGUGACCCUUUAUGUAUUCCUGCAUCCUACAGACGGAAGCAGGACGCAUUGGCCUGGAAGGCUGCCUGUGCGAUGACUACUAUAAGAUUCGGGAGCUUCUGUAUCAGCAGUAUGCUGUGGUUUAGGUGGACAGCAGACACCACUGGUAGAGAGACAGAGCAGCAUCGGCUGCCGUUAUUCUACAGAGACAUUCCGUUUGGAGGAUUUUACCCAGAGGACCACAGUGUACUACUCGAGCUACCUGAAGCCCCUCAGGCAUCUCCAGCUGUUUCCACAUCCAACCACACUGUGGAUCCAGCUUGUUUUUUUCAAUUUACCAUGUAUUUUCAUAGUGAGUUUACCUGCCUGAAGUGAGAGACAGGUGCUGUCCCUGAAUCACCUCAUAGUGUGAGAAUGCCUCAAAGCCCAGCUAUGCUCCUGUUCAGGCUGGCCAAAACUGACAUAACCAGAUGACUGUUUAUCACUGUUCCUCUGUUCCUUUUGUCAUUAAAAUGUUCCAAAUCAUCAUUGUCAUUUUAAUAAUUAUGUAGCCAGUGAAUUGAAUCAUCCUCACAGAAGUACUGUUCUGGGAUGAGAGUUUAGUGUGUACUGUACUGUUCUCCGAAACACCUUGGUGUGUUCCUGGGUUUGCUGCCUUUGUGUGUUAGCACCAGUUGGAGACAUGUUUCAGCUGCCCACUUAAGUCCAACUGACACCCUUAAUUCAGGGGAAUUAUUGUGGCAGCGUUUUUGCCCAGUUUGUGAAAACAAAUGACAAUAAUUAAAAUUUGGUUUAGUUGUCUUCUCAUAACACUAAAAUCCAAAUGUAUUAUUAGUGCAAUGACUAUGUCCAAACUUUGUUGAAUGGGCAUGUAAGAUAUAGUAAGGUGGUUCUGCGGUAGAUGAGGUUCCGGCUUUUUCUGCUUGUUAAUGUCCACUGCAGCAGUGUUGUCAUAUUGUCUCGGUCUAUUCCAUUCACAGUGUUAUCUGUAUCCUUGGGGUGGGCCCACUUGGCCAGCGGAUUGUCUGUGGAUUGUCUCUGCCAUGGCUAGACCCAAAAUAAAGUGCCCUCCACACACACAACCAUGCGCAUUAAGUUAUGUAGUCUCCUCCCUGACCGGUAAGAUCGUGGCAGGCACAAACUAGUGGGGCCGUGGGUAAACAACUCGCACAUGAGGGAGGUGUGGGCAUAAUGCACAUGGAUGAAGGGGUUCGGCAUGAGUACGGAUGACUGGCUGACUCACAGGCAAGCCAGUUUUAUAGUUGCAUAACAUACAGUUUUGCACUUUAGAAACAUUAAAAUUUAAAUGCCCUUUUUAAUCCAUGGCGCAAACAACAAAACUUUAAUGUCUGAAAUACUCCAAUGAAGCUUUCUUUUUUUCUUCUGGGUGAACUUCAGUAACCCCUUCUCUGACAGGCUGAGAGAGAGAAGAGUGGCUCUUCACUGGCAGAGCGUGUGCCAGCCCUGCCCAGUCACCGCUUUUCAUUUUGAUAAUUGACUGAGAACGCCAGAAAUGUCCAUCAGCUAAUCCUCUUAGCUUUCAUAAUGCUGACUCUUGUCACAGAAGCCCCUGUUUUAAUGUAACAAGCAGCUAAGCCUGUCUAUGCGACUGAUUUGCCCCAGGUCUUACUCUUCCCUCUAGAGGAAGGUGAGAGACCUGCACAUAGCAUCUCCCCACUACCAGUUCCAAACAAUUAUCAAAUUAUUAGUUGCGCUUACGCGUUAUUGGAGGUUUUCAGACUUCCAACUCUGCAACCACUAAACUUAUUGAACAAAAUUGAGCCUUAGAGGUAGGUAUUGGACAUUUAAUCCUCACAGAAUGCCUUGUUGGCUCUAUAAGCAAACUACUCUAGCAACAUAAUGUAGAGGAGUGGUUUUCUAGGAACUUAAUUCUUUAAAUUAUAUUUCACCAAACCAACCUAGAAUUCACAGUUUUGCUUUUGUUGAUUGAGCCUUGGAGCGUAGGACUUUGUGUGGGAACACCCCUAUACUGCGGGUAGGAGAACAUAAGGGAUCAGCCUGCCUGUGCAUGUGUCUUUCCCUCCAUCUCUUUGUCUCUUGUUCUCUCUCUACAAUACUGUCUCUAACACAAAACUCACAAAAUCUUUCUCUCACUUCCAUUUUCUAUCUGUUCCCCUCUUUAUCCCGUCAGUGGACCUGGGUAAUCCCCUAGUGCCAGCAUCUUUCUCAGCAGGGGACAUACCCACCCACUCACAAGUCUCACGUAGGAGGGCGCUGGGUUGGACGGCUGGGUGUGCAUACCCGCUCUGAAUAACACCAUUACUGAGUAUCAGCUCUUGUGCAACCUGCUCUUCACACUGGCCUACAAUACGGCCAUACCCACAAACUCAAAUCCACAAAGACACUUGCUGGAUAUUCACUGCCAAUAGUACAGUUGCUGUCAUGUUUACUUUGUAAUCAAUCAAUGUUUUGGUAUGUGCAUUAAUGGAUAGAUGCUUGGCUGGCAGUGUGACUAAAUAUCUACCCCAGAUCGAGAGAUCUUGUUUAACUUCAAGUAACUUGAGGACAGCCAAGCAGCAUUUUUGUGCAGCGCAGAACCAAUCACAGCCAUUAAUCCCUUAUUAUCUGAGUUCUACCUGGAUUUGGCAGCAGUAGCCCCAUAGCAAAUAGCUUUCAGAUCAUUUGGCUGUCAGAUAAUUACCACUGCAGUCAGAAGAAUGGGAGCUGUCUGUCCUGCUGCUUCUUCUAUUUGGCACAGUAAAAACGAUAGUUAUCUGACAUGGCUAUGUACAGUACCUUGAGAGCUGCCAUAAACCCACUGAUUCAAUUGCAUGUGAAUAUGUUUUCUCAAAUAGUUUUAUUAUGAUAAAAUGACGGUAUUUAAGAAAUUCUACAGUAAAAUUACCAGAAAAUGGAAUACAUUUAGUAGAUUUACUAGAAAAUAACAGAUGAAAUAAACCUAACUUGGCCACUACUUACACAUACACAGCCUCUGUGGUGAGAACAACAUCAAAUUACUUGUCUUGCAACUCUAAUGCACUGUAGAGACCCCCUACAAAUGGCUGUACUUCAGUGGCACUGUGAUCUUAUUUGUCUUAAAUGAAUCCUGCCUUUGCAACUGUAAUGUUAUUUUACCAGUAUAAAUGGGCUACACUGCUUUCUGGAAUAACCUUUGUGGUUUGUAUUAUUCUCUGUUGUGCAUUGCAACAAGGUUACUUUUCCUCGCCUGCCCUUCUUUUAUGCUCAGCAGACAGAAGAAGAAGUUAUUCAUGUGAUGCUCUUUACAAAUACAACAACUCUGUCUCAGUUAUACCUUCUCUCCCUUAGUCCUCUUUAUUCUAGGACCAGAGGGAGUGCCAUAGCAUGCUAAUUGUACAGAAGUGGGGCCCCCGACCCAUGCUCUUGCACCAAUCACUUCAUUCAACUUCUAAAGCUUAUAUUUUGAGGACUGUAAAAUACUGAAUGGUUAAAACAUUCCUACCUUUAAGGAAUUUUAGUUUUGAAAGUACAAAAUAACUUUUUAGUUUUGAGGUCUAGCUACUGCUAUGCACAGGUGAUGUAUAUUGUAAUAAUGAUUGUGAUAUUUAUUGUGUGGUUUGGUAUUGAAGAUUAUUUCAGUCAGAAUGGAUGAUGGUUGGCUUAAGAAUGCAUACAUUAAGCCCUCUGCUGCUACUCUGUGCGCUGUUUACUCUUCACACCCUAGCAAGCAUAAAAACAAACCUGUGUUACUGCCACAGAAUGCUAAACAUUGAUAAUAAAUA